ACGAUAUGCAAUGAGAAGCCCAGGCCAGGAAUACUGGAAUUGCGACUGAUCCAGACUAGUUCCACAGCGGAACUCGCCAUUUCACUUUCAUUGCCAUGUUCAUCUAGAAAGAAGACUGUUCUGUUUUGCUGUGGUCUUUGGUGCAAAUGAGAGAGUCGUGCAUAGGUAUUAUUUAACCACCGGCCCACCCCGUGAGCCAAACUUGACUUCACAAGUACCUUAACUCAAACUUCAAUCUUACCAUAAAAUGGGCAUCGAAGAAGCUCUUCCACAUGAGCUUCGAGGGAAGCUGAGAGCGGAUUUGUUGGCAGCCGAUGACAAAUUCGUCCUUGAGAUCCCCAAGGUUGAGCUCCAUGUCCACAUCGAAGGCACGUUGACGCUCAACUUGAGGUGGAAGUUGACUCAAAGAAAUGGAACCAUACUCAGGCUUGUUCCAAAUGGUCCCGAGCUCCACAGUCUGGAAGAGCUUCAUGCUGCAAUGGAUUCAAUCAUGCCAGACUCCAGUCGAAUGAACAAUGACGAAGAACGAGACAUGUUUUUCGAAUCCUAUUUCGAAGGCUUCCAAGCCUUGAAGACGGAGGAGGACUAUUACGAUCUCGCCAUGAAUUACUUUGAGCAUGCGGCCUCAAUGAACGUUCGCUAUUGUGAACCUUUCUUUGAUCCCCAGGGCCACACAAGCCGUGGAGUGUCUUGGAGCAACAUGAUGGACGGUUUCAGGAAAGCUCAAAAAGAGGCGGAGGAGAAACUGAACAUCAAAUCAAGUUGGAUCAUGUGCUUUCUCCGCGACCACUCUCCAGAAUCGGCUACGGAACAUUACAAGGCUGCGCAACCAUACCGCGAUAUGAUUGUGGGUAUUGGGCUUGAUUCAUGUGAAGAAGAUCGGCGUCCAUCACUUUUCGAAGAGGUAUUUGCACAGGCUCGAGGUGAUGGCUUCAAGCUUACAAUGCAUUGCGAUGUGGAUCAAAAGAACACCCCAAAGCACAUUAGACAGGUUGUAUCUGUCGUUGCGGGCGAAGGGACUGACCGCAUUGAUCAUGGCCUCAACGCUUCUGACGAUCGGUCCUUGAUAGAUCUAAUCCUCAAACGUGAUAUGGGUAUGACGAUUUGCCCGUGGUCUUAUCUACGACACACAACAUAUGCAAAGCUUGGGCAGCGUAUUCGAGCUCUGUAUGAUGCAGGAAUUAAGAUAACUAUUAACAGCGAUGACCCAGCAUUCAUGGACGACUGCUGGAUCUUGCAUAAUUUCUUACUUGCCAAACACUUGUGUGGUUUUAGUGACAGAGACAUUACUGUCUUAGCCAGGAAUGCUAUCAACGUCUCUUGGGCAGAACAGUCAGUCAAGGACAACAUCCUACGGGAGAUUGAGAUAGUCUAUGAUAGAUUUCACUCAAGUCAAUGAGAGAAUCAAAUCGGUUUCCCUACAGCCCAGCUCAUUUGAUUUAAUCCUCUG